AUGUGUCGAUCAAAAUUGAAAAUUCUCUCUCAAACAAUCGUCGCGAUGGAACCCAAAGGACACUCUCCGAUCUCAAGCCUCCGCACUACCAACAAAAAGACCGUCGCAUCUUCCGCGUCCACUAAGCCAAACGGGAAGUCCGUCGAUUCCUCCGCCACUGCGAUGAAGCGUAACGGGAAGUCUGCUGUUUCGUCUGCUAUUCCGAUGAAGUCAAACACUUCUGCCGCCGUCUCCUCCGCGCAUGACGAUAAAAUGAUGUUCUUCAGAGAUGUGAAACUCGGCCCACAAGAGGUCGACUUGAGGUUCCGUCUGAUUCAUUACUGGGAGGCUCGAAAUCCAAAUACGAAAACUCUCAUUGGACAGGAAAUGCUCCUUAUCGAUGAAGAGGGAGCUGUUAUUCAAGGUUAUGUUCCAUCGGGACGGGUUGGGUCAUAUGAGCUGAUAUCGGGUUGUGUUUACAAACUGAAGAAUUUUUUCGGCUCCAGAAACAAAACUCAGUAUCGUGUUUCUGAUCAUAACGCAACCGUCACCUUCGCUUGGAAUUCUGAGCUAUCCGUUGUUGAUAACCCCCCGGUUUCAAUCCCUGAGGAUAGGUUCAGGUUUCAUAACUACGAGGAGUUCCAGGCUAAUUGUGACCACAAAAUUGAUCUUUAUGACUAUGUUGGCCACAUGAAGCUGGUGAAUGGGCAGACUAUCACUGAUCAUAUUGUUCUCGACGAAGCCGGCAUAGCAGAGAAGCGGCAUCUUUGUGUUCAUGUUCAGACACACGACGGGCCAGUAAUGAAGCUCUAUCUAUGGGACAAAGCCGCAUCGGACUUCUGUGAGAAAUUCAAAUCUUAUGGAAGCACUCCAAGCGUUAUUUUGGUCACCACAGUCAACCCUAAGCAUCUUGGAGGAACCCUUGCUCUGACUUCGAUGGCAUCAUCUCGAGUGUUUAUGGAUACUGAUGUUCAGCCUAGCAGGGAUUACCUCGGGUGGUUGGGAUCCAACUCGGAAAUUGCUAACAAGAUUAAUGCAGAGGUUGUCACUAAGCCUGAGACAGCUACUCUUGAGGAACUCUUCUCCUACAUAAAGCUGCCAACUGCUAAGGUUGCUUGGUUUGAAUGCACAGCAACUAUAGAUGAUGUUAUCCAGGGUUCGGCUUGGUAUUAUAUUUCAUGCGAUGGGUGUAACAGCAAGGCGUUCAAAGGGCCUACCUCCCUGAUUUGUAACAAUAAGAAGUGUAUGAAGAGUGAAGUCACGGGCGUUGCUCAAUACCUAACCAGGAUAUCUGUUUAUGAUAAGAGUGAGCAAGCAGUUUUUGUCAUUCUUGGUGAUGCUGGCAAAGAGUUGACUGGAAAGCAUGCUUCAGAAUUAGUUGCCAGAUACUUUGAGUCUAAUGAGAGCGUGGAAGCUGACCAUUGCGUGCCGGUACCGCAAGAUUUGCUUGAUACAAUCGGGCAGACACACAGGUUCAUAGUGAAAGUCUCCGAUCAUAACUUGAAAGGGAAGACACGGACCAUAACCGUCACCAAGAUACUUCCACCAGAAGCUCCACAUCCUAUAGAACCAUUGGUCGAAGACGCUAUUCCAGCUACGUCCGAUGGUUUCUUGAAGACUGGAAGUGAAGUAUCCGGUUCCUCCAGUGGGUUAGUGGAUGCCGCUGGUGGUCGGGUUAGAAAAGCGUCUGAGGGUAUUGAAUCAGACGAAGCCAAGCGUUCCAAGAGUGGCUAAUGCAGCUUCAGCUAUCUUCAUACGCAGUGACUG